AUGUCAAGCUUGUUUCUGGCGGUAGGUUUCUUGUUUCAGUUGUAUUUUUAUAACUUUUAAAAUAGCUGGCUUAGUUUCUCAUUACAAUGCUAGUAAAGUGAAACACAUGUAGUGAGAAAAAACAUGGAGCAACCUUCAACGAAAAAAGCUAAAAUCGAAGGUGCGCCUUCCGGUGUUAUUAUAAUCGAUCCUUCAGCUUUUUAUAAUUCAAAUAUUAAACAACCAAGAGAGCAAUAUAUAUUACCUCCCUUGGGUAAAGACUUCUUUUUGAAAACACCUAAGUCAACAGCAAACGCAAAGUUACGUACGUUGACAACAUUAGCACCUCCAGCAGCGAUGGGGCAGGUUCCGCCGCUGGAUAUCACGCAAAACCAGAACACGAAAAAAUUAAAUGCAGUUAGCCUAACCCCUACACCACGUCAGGUGGUACAUACGCCGCAAUUUUCACAAUCAAAACAAAUGAAACUGUUGGGUAAACCGAUACAACCUGGAAAUAAAGCACUUGUAAAGCAAUCCAACUCACAACCAAAUAAGUCGCCAAAAGAUAUUACACAAAACCAACUUUUAAACCAUUCCAAUGAGCCUGCGAAACAGUCGACACAACAGCCAAUUCCAAAACAAUUAAAUAUACAAGCAAAUCUAUCAGCACAUCAAUCUCUGUUACCUUUAAAAAUAUCCAAUCUACUGACUAAGGAUCAAGCAAAUUUACCAUCUGAAAGAAGUGUGAAGUCAAUGCACAAUGAUUCUAAAUUUCAAUAUAUUGAAUUUAUUAAUGAAGCCUUAUUCGAUAGCGAGGAAAUUUCCAGAAACCAAGUUAUUUCUGUAGCUGAUUCUGACUAUGAAGUCACAGCGCUUGAAGAGGAAACUUUUGAAUAUAUGUUACAAAUACACAAAACUCACUCCGUUGCAACAGAAACGGAGGAAAUUGAAUACGCCUCAAACGGUGUUCAAACUGAUGAAGCAACUGAAGAUCGAAUAAAUUGUGGCUUCGUAAAUGUUUCGAAAUAUGGGCCUGACAAAUAUUUUAAUCUUCGUUGCUUUUAUUGUGAUGCAGAAUAUCCGAUAUCGUUUUGGUCUGAAUUUUCAGAUCAUGUUAUUGAAACUCAUGGGGACUUGGAAAAAGCUUUUGCCGAAAACAAAGCCAAGUCGAUUACAAGUGAAAUAAACGGCAUCAAUGAUUCCGAUUCUAGUGAUGGUGUAAUUCAGGAAGAUCUGCCACCAAUAAAUCUUUUCUUCAAUUUAAUCGACAAAGAACGAAAUCUUUUGCUACAAUCACAAGAGCAACAGCCAAAACUUGCCGAAUCUUUUAGAGAACUUUUACCGGAAGACUUCGACAUUGGUGAUGAAUCAGAUACCGGGAGUGAUGCAGAAAAAUAUUACAUGAGUGUUGAAAAAUAUGAUCCCAAUGUAGAUCACAAUUACAGUCAAAACUGCCUGAAUAGUACCAUGAAACUCAUGAAGAAUGCCAAAGCGGUAGAUGAGAUAAUUUUUGAUAAAACUUCGCGUGAUAUUGUGUUGGAUUUCUUGGAUCAUUUAAAAGGCUUCCGCAGUUUAUGGUAUAGUCGUAGUAAUGCCUCGCUAAGUUAUGAUAAUGAACUACUAGAUUUGAUGGAUAUAAUGACAGACAAAUGGGGACUUAAUCUGAAAAGAGGACGUUUACGUAGAAAUUUGGAAAAUAUCAAAGCUUGGUUUAUCGGUAUGACCGUAUCGAAGGAAGAAAGCGGUGAUAAAUUCUUUCAGCACAAAUUUAUUGAAUACUAUAACAAAUGCGCAGAAUACCUGCCAUCCGGAAAUACAAGUAAACUACAAAAAGUUCUCUGUGAUCUCUGCGAUCGUUUUUGCUUUGAUUUAAUUGGCUUGCAGCUGCACAAAUAUCGAAAGCAUAACAUUGGUCAAUUGCCAUAUGGGUGCAAUAAGUGUGAUAAACGUUUCGAUUACGUACAUAAGUUGCGAAAUCAUUUACGAAAGCAUGUGGUACCGCCGGUGGUUCGUAGGUAUGUUCCACCGAAAAUUCUACCCGCACCUGAACCAGAUUUAACCUGUGCCGAAUGUAAUGAAACCUUUAAAAUCUGGUCUGAUUUCAAAAGGCAUUUGGAAAUCCAUCCUAAAGGUGAUUGCCCUUAUGUUUGCGAAGAUUGCGGGAAUCUGUUUAAAACUGUAGCUCUCCGAGCGGCACAUCGGAAACGCCAUCAAGAGCCUGCUUUUCAAUGCGAGUUAUGCCCGAAAAAAUUUUACUUUGCGUAUCAUUUUCAACAGCAUAUGAAUGGUCAUCGAGGUAUCAAAAAUUAUGUUUGUGAAUGGUGUGGCAAAAUGUUCACACACCAAAAAAUUUUUAAGGAACAUGUCCAGUAUGUGCAUUUGGGUCGUGGAUUUUGUAAAAUCUGUAAUCGUUAUUACAAUAAGAGUUGCAUAUUUUCGAAACAUUUACGUACAAUGCAUCGACCGCUAAUCGGUAGCAUUGAGGAAUUAACAAAACGCCGUCGAGGCAGUUGCAAGGGUGGUAGCCGAAAGGGUAAAGGAACAGGGCCUCGCCUAUCCACAAGGAAGUAUACGUAUGUGAUAGAUCCUGUUACGCAAAAACGUCGACUUUUAUGCCCGAAUUGUGAUAAAAGCUAUUACCAAUAUGACUCUUUAUAUUCACAUGUUAAAAAAGUUCACGGCUGCUCGGUACCUGGUUAUCACAAGCGAGUAACGGGGAACCAGAAAUUGUUCAAAAGUUCUAAAAAAAAUACUAAGAAAGCUGUCCCCGACAAAGUUCUUAAUACUGAAGCUGAAACAACGACUGCUGUUAAUUCAAUUAUUGAAAAUUCUAAUACAAAAUUCGACAAUCCUAUCGAUCAGCGUACUUCCGUCGAUCUAAGCUCGAGGACUUGUACAACUACAGACGAGGAAAAUUCAACGGGUUAUAGUAACCUCGUUGAAAACGAUAUUAAAAAUGGGGAAAAUGCAACAUCAAUGUCUUUUGAAAAGUUUAUUGGUGAAAUUGCUAUAAGCAAUAAUUUUAUUCUACAAUCUCCAAGCAACUUACAACCAACUUUAAUCGAUGCUGAAGAUAAAUCUAUAGGUGUAUAUGGGCAAUCACCGGAAAAAGCAGAGACAGCGUCUGAGCUCAAAAUUGAAGACUAUGGAGCUAUCGAUUAUGAGUUUAUUUUAAACGGUAGCUCCGUCCUAAAUUUUUAAUAGUGAUUUCCUAAUGAAUGUUAUAUAAAAACGAAUUUUAUAUAAUAAAUACAUAUGUAUAUAUAUUA